AUGAGGUGGAUACUGCUCUUUGGGGCCCUUAUUGGGUCUAUCUAUGGCAAGAAAAAUUUUAAUGGGCACCAGGUUUUUCAAAUUAAAGUCCGGGAUGGAAAUCAGAUUGAAAAAUUAAAAGAGCUGAGCAACAUGCAGAACUCCAUGUUCCCCCCUGAGCAUCCUGUAAAUGUUGUGGUUCCACCAGCCAGUCUGGAACUUGUCAAAUCCUUUCUGGAAUCCCAUGGCUUAGAGUACUCAGUCUCCAUUAAAGACCUGCAAGCUCUCUUCGAUAAACAAAUUAAAGAAAUGAAAUUCAAUAGAAGAAAAGCAAAGCGUGAUACUAACUUCAACUAUGGGGAUUAUCACAGCUUGACCGAGCUUUAUCGUGAGAUGGCCAACAUUGCUUCUGAAUACCCCAGGGUAGCGAAACGGCUGAAGAUUGGUAAUUCUUUUGAAAAACGACCAUUGUAUGUACUGAAGUUCAGCACUGGGAAAAACAAGAGACCCGCUAUUUGGCUAAAUCAUGGAAUUCAUGCCCGGGAAUGGAUCACCCAGGCAACAGGAAUAUGGAUAGCCAGAAAGAUUGCCUCUGACUUUUCUAAGAAUAAGCCAACCAUUACCUCCAUCCUGAAUAAAAUGGAUAUCUUCCUAAUGCCAGUGGCCAAUCCUGAUGGAUAUGUUUAUUCUCGAACCAAAAAUCGCUCCUGGAGGAAGAACAGAUCCCAUAAGCGUUUUAAGAAAUGUGUAGGAGUUGACCUAAAUAGGAACUGGGAUGUAGCCUUCUCAAAAGGGACAACCAGUGACGAUCCUUGUUCUGAAAAAUACCAUGGGCCCAACCCUCAUUCAGAGGUAGAAGUGCAAUCCGUGGCAAAUUUCAUUCUAAACCAUGGGAAUUUCAAAAGCUUCAUUGAUAUCCACAGCUUCUCACAGCUUCUGAUGUAUCCUUAUGGUUACAUUAACAGCAUGUGCCCUGACUGUGAUGAACUGGACAAGCUUGGAAGAGAUGCAGCAAGAGCCCUAUACUCCUUGUUUCGCACUGAGUAUGAAGUGGGAUCUAUCUACAAAACUGCGUACAUUGUCAGUGGCAAUACUAUAGACUGGGCUUAUAAAAAUGGAAUUAAAUAUGCAUUCACUUUUGAGCUGCGAGACAAUGGCACAUAUGGCUUCGAGCUGCCAGCUGAUCAAAUCAUCCCCACUGCCCUUGAGAUCUGGCUGGCCCUAGAAGUGAUCAUGGUGCACGUUAAGGAUCACCUGUACUAGAAAACCGCCUCUGAUGCUGAAGGACAGAAGGAUAUGCUUAGGAAAGCACUGCUUGUACUCACAAUCUCACUGUCUGUCAUCCAUUCAGUCAUGAGUUCUAUCAGAUGAUGGCAUCAAGGCAUAUUAUGUUCUAUUAUUGUGACGUGACCCCUGGUUAUCCCAGAACGU